GGGCUGUUAUAAUAAGUUUGUAUCGUAGCAGCUUUGUUGAGCAAUCGACAUUUUAAUUACUUUUAUUUAUAACUAUCGGUUUGGUCUAUCUUGUGUUAUUAGGGAUGUUUUAGCUCUUUAGUACGUUUUGUUUUAAUUUGGGAUAAGACCUUACUUUAUAAAGUUUAUGUAGGAAUUUAAAAUAAGGUAUAAGAUGAUGGAUGCGGUAGCUUCUGCUGAUUAUGUUACACCAGAAAUGCUCGCAGCUCGUGAGAAGCUACGUGCUCGUCUGGGUGUAUCUGGAACUCAAACUGGUGGAAAAGGAACUGCUAGAAGGAAGGUAAAGAAGACUAGUAAGGCUAUAGGUGACGAUAAGCGGUUGCAAUUUACUUUGCGCUCUAUUGGAGCGGCAAACAUCCCAGGUAUCGAGGAGGUGCAGAUGUUGAAGGAAGAUGGUCAUAUAAUAUCCUUCAGCAAUCCAAAGGUGCAGACUGCGCCAAAUGCCAACACAUAUGUUGUUACUGGAGUUGGUGAAGAGAGAGAAAUUACUCUCCCUGAGAUAUUACAGCAGCUUUCCGCUGCUGGAAUCGACAUUUCAAAGGCUGCAGCAGAUAGCACACCUGCGGAUGAUACUGCUGACAUACCAAAGUUGGUUGAAGUAUUUGACGAUGUCAGUCUUAAGGAGAAAUCUGAAGACUGAUGCUUAAUUAUAAGUAUGUGUU